AUGGCGUUGUCAUGGCAACGCUAUGUUAAGGUCCAAUCUUCGUAUGAAUUGAUAAAAUGCGUCGUUCAUCGUUGGGAUUCUUGGGUCGUGCGAAAGUAUUGGAUAGACCGAGAGACUGCAGUUCACGUGGACCAGCGCAUUCAGCGUGGCUUGUUCCUCUUCGCCUGCGCCAACUCCUGCGCCAAUCCCAUCGUCUACGGCGCCUACAACAUCCGCGCCAAAAGGCAGCAGACGCAGCUGAUCGUCAACAGGGUGCACGAUAGAUCAGGAUCGGUGCCCAGGCUCAGCUCGUCUGGUGCCCAGGCGAUCUUGGCCAUGAACCAGAUAAAUAGCUCAAUCCAUUUGGGCGACGAAUUUCAAACCAUGCAUCAGCUUAGCAAAAGUGUACAUCAGAGAAGUUUUAUUCGAGAACCAAAUCGUCGAGCAAUAUGUUUGAGCUGCGGCGAGAGCUUGGAUUUACCAUCGUUAGACGGAAGCACAAGAAACGGCUUAGAAUAG